GCUUUCAGGGAUCUAAAAGCGGGCCAUAAUAUCUCUCAGUCUUCCUUCUGACAAGCAUUUCAUGAGAGAUCAUCGGGAAACAGCUGUUCUCGGAUUUUCCUUCAGCUGUCAAAGAUGCGAUCUGUGUGAAAUGUUUCAUUGUAUAUAUUUUUGAUUUUCUAAAUACACUUAAUAUGGAUGAAGGUGUAUUGCAAAAUUGGAGCCCUUAUGCCAAAGAUUACAAUCCUUUAAAGGCAGGUAGUAUCGAUGGGACAGAUACGGAACCUCAUGACAAAGCUAUUAGUAGAGCAAUGCUAAUGCAUUAUGAACCACCACAUAAUUUAGAAUCUAAAUCGGAAAGAACUUUAUUUGUAGCUAGAUUUGGUUCUAAUGUCACUAAAUAUGAUUUAAAAGAGUUUUUUAGCAAACAUGGAGAUGUUAUUUCUGCAAAAGUCAUAGUGGAUGUAGUGACAGGACUCUCACAAGGAUAUGGUUUUGUGGAAAUGAGGAACGAAGAUGAAGCCAGAAGAGUGCUGAGACGAACUACAGAUGCUAUGUUAAAAGGCUAUAAAGUAUUUAUCGAUUAUGAAUGUGGUCGCAGCAUGAAGGGAUGGAAGCCGAGAAGACUCGGAGGUGGUUUUGGUGGCAAAAAAGAGUCGGGGCAGUUGAGGUUCGGAGGAAGAGAUAGACCGUUUAAACGACCGAUUGUACCUAACAUUUUAAAGUCAAAGAGAUAAACCUACUUAUUUUGAUGUAA